GUCGUGAUCUGUGUCUCUUGGUAACCGCACGGCGAGUAACACCGUCAAAGCACCUCUUUGAAGCGAAGAGUCAGGGUGAACCGAAGUCGUGGAGAAAGCAUUAAGAGGCAGUUUGCUUCCAUCAACAGAAAGAACAGAAAAACGAAUCGAGAUGUAGACUGGAAAUCGGAAAAUUAUCAACGAAAGAGCAAAAAAACAAACAAACAAACAUUGAGAUGAAUAACACCUGCCCAGUCGCACCGUCGGUAGCCCUUCAGCCUGUGUGGGAUGCGCUCCGCAGUCACGACGCUCUCCUGCUGUCACCGUUCUUCCCGGCUUUCAUUGCGUUCGCGGCUCACCUGGCUAUGUCUUUACCUUUCCUGGCUUUAGACCUCCUCGGUCCUCGCUGUGCCACGCUGCACCGAUACCGUAUUCCCCGCAUCAGGGUCCAGCCGGCGAGUGUGCAGGUGUGGUGGCAGUGCCUGCUGAGGAUAGCGCGCAAACACCUAGCGGUGAUCGUCCCUGUCACCUUGGUCAUCCAACGGGUGAGGACGCCGUCUCUGCCAGCCGAGGCUCCGAGCUGCGCCAGAGCCCUGACCGAGGUCACUUUGUGCCUGCUCCUGUUCGACUCUCUGGUACCACAGAUGUUUCAGUUGAUGCACAGUGCCCACCAUCAGCACCGGGACACCUUUGCCCUGGCAGCCCAGGAUUCCAGCAUCUGGGAGUUGCUGUCCCUGCAGGUCCUGGCCCUCUCCAUCACCGCCCUGCUGGGCUGCCAUCCACUCAGCGAGGUAGUCUUCCACCUGCUCAAUUUAUGGCUGGCCGUGGAGUACCACUGUGGCUACGACCUGCCCUGGGCUACCCAUCGCCUUGUGCCCUUCCACCUGCUUGGGGGGGCCCCUUUCCACCAAGCCCACCACCAGCUUCUCCGUGGCAACUACGCCCCCUACUUUACUCACUGGGACCACCUGUUCGGGACCUACCUGGAAAUCCCCAAGGACAGACCAGCUCACCUUUUGCUGGGAAAGAAAAAAGACCUCAAAGACGCUGCCAGCAUCUCCAGGACCUAGUUGCAAAGCCCUGACCUAAAAAAAAUGGGGAAAGAAACAGAAAAGCUUGUCUUUGUUUGCAGUCUUCUCCUAAGUACAGCAAUGCCCCUCUUUGUAGAUGUACCACAAAGAGAAUUACAUCCUGACAGCCUGCUUAUAUUUGUAAAUUGAUUAUGUUUGUUUAAGGGCAUUCUAAUGUAAAGUGCUUUGAAUAUUUGGCUUGGGGGACUUACAUUGUUGCUUUGCAGAGCUUGGGCCCUGAGAUCAAUUCCCUCGUGGGGUGUUGUCUGUGUGGAGUUUGCGUGUUCCCCUUGUGUUUGCAUGACGUUUCUCCUAGUGCUCUGCUUUCUUCCCAUGGUCCAAAGACACACUGGUAGGAUAAUUGGCUUUUGGGAAAAGUGCCCCUAGGGGUGAGUCUGUUUUUGUCUCUGUGUGCCCUGCAAUGGACUGGCGUCCUGUCCAGGGUGUACCUCACCGUGCACCUGUUGCUUGC